AUGUUCCUCCUUUGUCUCCUUCAGAAGGCGCUGUUGAUUCUCGUGCCAACAUGCUCAGUCCUCUCGUUCUAUCUGUAUCUCUACCCAGUAUUCCACCUCUGCGCGUUCCCUUCCCCUGAGCAGAAUACCCGCGCCGAGUAUAUCAACACCCUGCGAGGGCACACCCUCUUCCCGCCGAGAGAUGCGACCAAGAUAGCGCCCUUCCGUCUGCUGGCGCUGGGCGACCCGCAGCUCGAGGGCGACUCUUCUAUUCCAGACGCUGAUGCCGCGAACUUUCCGCAUCUCUCAAAGUUCUGGAAUGAUGCUCUCCUGCGCAGUGGGACGGAGCAUAGCCCUCUGCAGCGUCUGCGGCAUAGUCUGCAUGACCUGAUAGACUUUUACCUGGACGAUAUACCGAAGGCCUUUCAGGUUUACCGCAAGCGGCUCGAUCAUAUUGGGAACGACUAUUACCUGGGGCAUAUCUACCGGACGAUGCAUUGGUGGACGGAUCCUACACACGUCACCGUUCUUGGAGACUUGGUUGGAAGUCAGUGGAUUGACGACGAGGAGUUCGAAAGCCGAGGGUGGAGAUAUUGGAAUAGAGUCUUCAACGGGGGGGUCAAGGUUCCUGAGGAGGUUGAAUGGCAACCAGUGGAGGACGAGGAUGUAUCGCUUCUUGGAAAUGAUGCUGCGGCUUGGAAAAGAAGGAUUAUAAAUGUUGCUGGGAAUCACGAUAUUGGAUAUGCUGGGGAUCUGACACAAGAACGAAUGGCGCGAUUUACGAGGGUCUUUGGAAAGCCGAAUUACGAGCUCCGGUUCAGAAUGCCCGUAAAUUCGACGGACGGCAAAGACGGUGAGGGUGGGGAUAGACCGGUACCUGAGCUGCGGAUCGUGGUGCUUAACGACAUGAACUUGGAUACACCCGUUGGAUCUCAGGAGAUGCAAGAAGAGACGUAUGACUUCCUCAAUAAAGUUAUUUCCACGUCCGAGGAUGUGAUUCGACCUGCACAUUUUACGAUUGUGCUUACACAUAUCCCUAUGUACAAGGACGCCGGAAUCUGCGUUGACGGACCAUUCUUCGACUUCUUCUCGGACGAAUACAACAAUGGAGUGAAGGAGCAGAAUCACCUUUCCAGAGACGCUUCAAAGGGGUUCCUGGAGGGGAUUUUUGGCAUGAGCGGCAACUCUAAUGGUGCAGGAGCGGGACUUGGUAGGCACGGCGUCAUUCUCACUGGCCACGAUCAUGAAGGCUGCAACAUCUACCAUUACAUCAACCAGUCCUCCUUGCCUGAGAGGCAUUGGGAUGCCACCACGUGGCCAAAUGCCCUUGCCAUUCACCUGGAUGAACAGGCAGAUCUACCUGGGCUCCGAGAAAUCACCGUCCGGAGCAUGAUGGGUAGUUUCGGUGGAAACGCUGGUCUGAUGAGUCUCUGGUUUGACGAGGAGACUUGGGACUGGAGAUUCGAAUUCGCAAACUGCGGCUUGGGUAUUCAGCACAUAUGGUGGCUGAUACAUAUUUUGGAUCUGAUUACUGUGGGCAUUGCACUUGUCUACGGGGCGAUUAUCCUUGUUCAAACGAUCACGAGGGCUGUCGAUGGAAACGUUGGAGAUUCGAGCCAGGCCAGCGCGAAAUUACCAGCCGGAGGAGGCGGCGCAAAGCCGUCGCAGAACGGCCAUACGAAUGGCAGCACCAGGACCGCGAAGAAGUCGGUGCCGCAAAGCUUGAGCAGCGGGGAGUCUGAGGGAUGA